CUGCUGCUCGGAAGUCGCCAUUGGCGAGUGGUCGGCGAUCCUAUCGAAGAUGCGCUGGUGCCCUGACCGCCGCACUUGCUCGCACAGGUGGUCUGCGACGUGUUUCUGGUCUCGACCGUGCCUUUUCUUCCGCCCGGCAACGAUGACACUAUGAUUCCAGAGCGCUGUAGAUCACCACAGCGAGGCUGCGCCACCGCGUGUAACGGAGGAGCGUCUGGCAAGCAAGCGAGGAAAACGCCAGAGUGAAAAGGAUCGGAAGGAGAAGAAGGAACAGCAAGGAACAAGCAAAGGUAGCGCACAGCUCGCGCAUGCGUCAGCGACCCCAGACUUCGCCGGAGACACCUACAAAAUUGUCCCACUCGGGCGUGUGAAGAGGGGGAGCCCGCGCGCGCGUACACCUACAAGGCAUUGCCAGCGGCACUCACACAUUGGUUCCUCACGGGCAAGACAAAAAACAAAGGAGGGGAAAAGAGGGGGAAGGAGCCAACAGAGCGAAAGAGGAAGAGACGGCAGAGGACAAGGGAAGAAAAGGACGACAGAACACAACAGGCAGCGAAAACACGAAAGCAGGCCGAUGAGACGAAGUCACAGGUAGAAGUAGAAGUGGAGGAGCCGGUAGCGGAAGUCCUUCUUGUGAUAGCCGUUCCCGAAGAGGAUGGAAGCCGAUGGAUGGUUGGAGACGGGUACAAGUGUACCGGUACUUCCAAUGGCCCUCCUGCACAACGUCCCGCUCCAGGGUCGUGCGCCGAAUUUGGCCGUGGACGGGGAGGGAGUCGGCGAGCUGGUGCGUGCGGAAGUCGGCGAGCUGGACGGCCCGGGAGUCGGCGAUCUGGUCGGCACGGGGGUCGGCGAGCUGGACCGCGCCGGAGUCGGUGAGCUGGGCAGUGCGGGAGUCGGCGACCUGGUCGGCAUGAGAGUCGGUGAUGUGGUCGACGCUGGAGUCGGCGAAUUGGUCGGUGCGGGAUUCGGUGAGCGGAGCGAUGCUGGAAUCGGUGACCUGGUCGGCAAAGGAGCCAGCGAGCUGGUCGGCGCGGCAGCCGCCCCUGGAUAGCGACUUCGAGAGCUGGUCUGUGCGGGAGUCGGCGAUCUGGUCGGCGCGGGAGUCGGCGAACUGGCUGGUACUGGAGUCGGUGAGCGGGACGGCGAGGGAGGCGGUUGCAUUUGAAACCACCUUUUUUCCUCACCUCGUCCUCCCCUCGGGAGCCAGAGUCUGGUGUCAAUUUGUUGGUUUGAGGCGUCUUGGUGUCAGAUUGUUGGUUCCGGGGCCGAGGCGUCUUGGUGUCGAUGAGUUGGUCGGCGCGGGAGCCGGGAGGCUGGUCGAUGAAGGAGCAGGCCGCGAACCGGUCGGUGCGGGAGUCGGCAAGCUGGUCGGCGAGGGAGUCGGCGAGCUGGCCGGCGCGGGAGUCAGUGACCUGGUCGGCGAGGGAGCCGCCAAGCUGGUCGGUGCGGCAGGUCCCGAUCUGGUCGGUGCCGGAGUCAACGAGCUGGUCGCCGCGGGAGUCGGUGAGCUGAUCGGCGUGGGAGCCGCCCAGUUGUUCAGCGCGGCAGCCGGUGAGCUGGUCGAUGCGGGAGUCGGCGAGCCACUCGGCGCCGGAGUCAUCGAGCUGUUCGACCUGGUCGGUGCGGGAUCGGUGAUAUGGUCGGCGAGGGAGUCGGCGAG